UAGUGCUGCGACCUGUUCCUAUCCUCCUAUGGCAUAGUUGGUGGUCUACUCCCGACAGAGGGUUAAUGAACAGGCCCACCCAAUUUCUAUAUAAGGAUCGACUUACUCCCCCUCCCGAGGGACCUUCCUACAUGCAAGCUACUUACUCACACUGCCCUUGCGUUAAAAUCUAAAAAGCAUAACCUUAAAAGCCCUUCAAACCCACUUGAUCUAUCGGCAAAUAUGCGUCUCGCCUAUCUCAUCCUCUCUGUCUUUGUCGCCUCCGUGGCCGCGGUGCCCAAUCAAUGCACCCCCAACGGUCUGCCAUGCGAUUCGCAAACUCCUUGCUGCUCGAAGGUCUGCGUCAUUCAGGGUGACCUCGGCAGCCCCAAUGAGAACGGUACCUGCCAGUGAGCGUUGGAAAAUCCAGUGGACUUGGCCUUGUAACAGCUACAUACAAUCGAGGCUUAAGGAUGGAAGGACUAGAGGGAUGAUGGAGUUGCACACUGCUGUUGAUUUAUCA